GCUCUCAUGGUGAUUGGUUGGCUGGCUGCCAACGCUCGUGCUCGUUCAGACGACGGCUUUUCUAGCAUAUCCAGGACUGAAGACUCUUUGGGCAACUAUCAGUUCGGGUACGACAUCACUGAUUGGGAUACGAAUCGGAAAAGGUGGGAAGUAGCUGAUGCUUACAACAAUCGUAAGGGAGGCUAUUCGAUCACCGAUGUUGACGGGAAGGUGCGCCAUCUUGAGUACGUUGCGGACAAGUCUGGAUUCCGCGCAGUAGUAAGGACCAACGAGCCCGGUACGGCUCCUGGCUAUCAUGGGGACGCCCUCUAUCUUCGAAAAGGAGUGAAAGAGAUCAUAACAAGCUCACAACCAGCCUUACAACUUACCGGGCACGUCAUCAAGCAGAAGAAACUUGCCACGGUUCACGCGCUGGCUUCUGCUGCUCCGGUGCCAGUCGCUGUUGACAAGCCUAUCAUCUAUCAGCAGCCAAGUCUCUACGAUGCUGUGCAGCCUAAGCCCAUCGUUCAGCCAAUUAACGUUGCUAAAACUGUUGUAGGUCAGCUGCCCUUGGUCAGGCCUGCUUUUCAGGUUUACCAGACCUUCCAGCCCAUGGUCCACGUCGCCCCCAAAUCGAUUCAACUUCAGAAGCAAAUCGUUCAGCCUUUUGUCCAAUCAGUCGUACAUUACAAACCUCUUGUUUAUCAGCAACCAAUAAUGCGACUUGUUCCAGUCCCCAAAACCGUUGUUUAUCAGCAGUCCCUCGUUCAGCCCGCGCCCAAAGUAAACAUCGAAACGUACCAGCACGUCGAAUCGCUUAGUACUGCCAGGCAACCAAAACUCAUUGUUCCUGUCUCUGAUGUCCUGGCCGGACCGGUAAUGGAACCAGUUGUGCAGAAGGCUGCCGUUGCGCAGCGCGUCACACUAAAAGAGAAAAAGAUUAUUGUGACACCACCCCCCGCAUACACAGGCCCUCGACGCCGACCUCAGAAACUCAUUGAAGAUCCAUCGCAAUCGUACGAAACCCCUGAACUCCCGAAACUUACUCCCAAACGGGUACCUGGGUAUACUCCUGCCCUUGAGGACUUCGAGGACGAUUAUGAUUCGAUUACCGCUGCUCCGCCAUUGCAUCGUGACCGUGUAACGUACUCGCCCGACCAACGCGUCCUUGCCAUCUCAAAGUUCACACCUCUGUACAUCAAGCCAGGUGGCAUUACCAGGAAAUCAGGCUCAUUCCCUCCUCUAGCUGGUCCGCCCUCCCGACGAGCCCGCGCCUAACAGUCAUUCUCAAUAUCUCGCUCCCCAUAAGUUCCACUGUUCCGUUGAUCACAUAACAUUACAUUCACUAUUUCAUUGUUACUGAAUGAGAUCAUCUGAUAUAUUUCACGACGGGUACAAGAGCGCAAGUAGGUAUACUCUCUACCGAGUCAAGGAACUAGGUACAGCAUUGCAAACUAUAUAUGAACUGUUUAGUCAUUAAUUACUUGGAAAUUAUCAUCUGUGUUUUAUUUAUGGCUUAGAGAGUUAUGGCCAGUUUCUUUUUGACAUGUAUACAAUAUAUUCUUUAUAAAAUAAUUAUCAUUUUUUAAGAAAAUUCAACAAUAUACUUAGUGUUAGGUAUCGUCUUAGUGCUAUGGAUAUAGCUGAUCAAUAUCAAACGUUAAAUUACAAUUUCGCAUUGUUGCCAUAUUGAGAAUCGAGAUUCAGAAACUUCCCUGAAUAAAGAUAAAAUUCUCUAAAGUGA